AGGCAGAGUCUAAAAUGAGACUCUACCAGUCCAGCAGCAGAUUCGCUGGCAGCACGUCCAGCUCCACCAGCAGGAGCAGGGGACUUAACGUGUCUGCACACUUGGGACUAGAAGGGAGCAGAGAAAGCCCCUUGCUCAAGAGAGCCAAGCCAUCGUACUUGGCUGUGGACAAAGAGAACCAAAUAAUUGGCUACGUAGUGCCGAUCUUCAGGGGAAGUCAAGAGUUUGCUACAGGAUUAUCAGAUACAGAAGAAGCCAGAGUGAGAGGCACUGCUGCAUACAUGGCCCGCAGGAAUUUGUUUACCAGUGGCCUGGAGAUGGAGAGGUCAGAGGUCAUUUCCAGGAAGGAGGCCAUGCGUGAGUCAGCUGAGCGCAUCUCUAUGAGUAAAAGGAUCCAUGAGCACGAGGAACACUUCAAGCGCAUGAACGAAGACAGUCUGAUGCACCCCCCAGAGUUUGUGAUUAAACCUCGCUCCCACACCGUGUGGGAGAAGCAGUGUGUGCGGCUGCACUGCACCGUCAGCGGCUGGCCUGACCCCAGGGUCAUCUGGUACAAAAACAAUGUGGCAAUUGACCCUCUUGCCCACCCUGGCAAGUUUAAACUUGAGAGCAGAUACAAUGUGCACUCACUGGAGAUCAACAAAUGUGAUUUUGAUGACACGGCCCAGUAUCGUGUCUCUGCCAUGAACUCAGAAGGAGAACUGUCUGCAUUUGCUUCUGUCAUUGUCAAACGGUUCAAAGGUGACAUUGAUGAGUCGCUGCCAGCACCCAGACUUGGUCCAGUUUCCGAGUAUGGCAUCACCUUCCAGAUUCACAUUGUCGAUAAGUUUGGGGUGUCAUUUGGAAGAGAGGGUGAGACCAUGAGUCUGGGGUGCACGGUCAUCAUCUACCCUGCCUUGCACCGCUACCAGCCUGAAAUCCAAUGGUACAGAGACGAUGUUCUGCUGAGUUCCUCCAAGUGGACCCACAUGCACUGGAGUGGGGACAGAGCCACACUAACACUGACACAUCUCAACAAAGAGGAUGAGGGACUCUACACCCUGCGAGUCUCCACCAAGUCUGGAUAUGAAACCUAUUCAGCCUACGUGUUUGUCAGAGACUCUGAUGCUGAAGUGGAAGGAGCACCUGGAGCCCCUCUGGAUGUCCACUGUCUGGACGCCAACAAGGAUUACAUUAUUGUCACCUGGAAGCAACCAGCUGUCGAUGGAGGAAACACCAUCUUGGGCUACUUUGUGGACAGGUGUGAGGUUGGAACCUCCCACUGGUUUCAAUGCAACGACACUCCGGUCAAGUUUGCCCGUUUCCCUGUGACUGGUUUGGUGGAGGGCCGUUCCUACACCUUCCGUGUACGUGCCGUCAACAAGAGCGGCAUCAGCCAUCCGUCUCGAGUCUCAGAGCCAGUGGCUGCCAUGGACCCAGCUGAUCGCGCCCGCAUGAGAGGUACUUCUGCUCCAUGGACCGGACAAAUCAUUGUCACAGAGGAGGAGCCUGCUGAGAGUGUUGUUCCUGGUAGACCUCUGGAGCUGCAGGUGACUGAGGCAACCAAAAACUAUGUGGUGCUGAGCUGGAGGCCUCCUGGAGAGAAAGGCCUGGAAGGAGUCAUGUACUAUGUGGAAAAGUGUGUUUCUGGCACAGACAGCUGGCAGAGGGUGAACACAGAGAUCCCAGUAAAGUCUCCUCGCUUUGCACUGUUUGAUCUCGCUGAGGGCAAAUCCUACUCCUUCCGUGUCCGCUGCUGCAACUCUGCUGGUGUUGGCGAGCCUUCUGACCCAACUGAAGCCAUCACAGUUGGGGACAAACUUGAUAUUCCAUCUGCUCCAGGAAAGGUUGUUCCCACUCGAAACACAGACACAUCUGUUGUUGUGAGCUGGGAAGCAUCCAGUGAUGCCAAAGACUUGGUGGGGUAUUACAUUGAGGCCAGUGUGGUGGGAAGCAAUGUGUGGGGGCCAUGCAACAACAAGCCUGUAAAGGGCACCAGGUUUAUUUGCCAUGGGCUGACCACAGGUGAGCAGUAUGUGUUUAGGGUGAGGGCAGUGAACGCAGCAGGACUCAGCCAGUUCUCCCAGAUAUCAGAGCCUGUGGAGGUGAAAGCUGCAAUAGAUCGUGCUCGAGUAGCAGGAGGUCUGCCCGAUGUGGUGACGAUACAGGAGGGCAAGGCUCUCAAUCUUACCUGCAACAUUUCGGGUAACCCGAUGCCAGAGGUCACCUGGCUGAAGAACGACAGGGAAAUCACGUCCGACGAUCACUGCAUCCUGAAGUUUGAGUCGGGCAAGUUCGCCAGCUUCACCAUCACGGCCAUAAACACGUCGGACUCUGGCAAGUACAGCAUCCUGGUGAAGAACAAGUACGGCACAGAGAGCGGAGACUUCACCGUAAGUGUGUUCAUCCCCGAAGAGGCAGGCGGCAAGAAAAAAUAAGAGCGGUCCAAGUCUUAUCGCAAAUAUCUGUAAAUGGCACAUACUGGACACGAGCUGAGAAUGUGUUCGACGUGUUGUGUGGAGUCGAAAAGAAACUAAAGAGGUGUUGAAACUGAACAUAGUCCUGUUCUGAAAUAAAUUAAUAACGUGCAUUCAUUUCAUCCAAUACUUACACGUUGAAUUAACAUAAAAAAGGUCAUCUGAACAAACUCCAAAACAUAGCUGGUGCAAUUUUUGUUUGUGCAUGUAGAAGAAAGUGUUGGUUUUGGAGGAUUAAAUAAGAAAAUACUUUGCAAAGAAAAAGCCAAAGAUGACUCUUAAAAUGUUGUGUGUUCAGAUCCAAUGCUAAGCUGCAGAAUAAGUUUGGGUAGAAUGUUAGAAAUAUGAAUGUUUUUACAUUUGCUACAUAUUUAUGGACUUCACUGCUAUUUUCAAUUAUUAGUAACCUCUUCUGAUGAUUUUAGACUGUCUAAGACUCUCUGGACUCUUUCUCUCUCGAGCCUAAGACAGGUAAAGUUGGGUCUUAAAUGUUGAAAUUGAAUUUGGAGCACUGAAGGAUUAAGGUGUCUACAUUAUGAUUCAAUCUUCAACUACAUCAAAACGGUAACAUUUGCUGCUCUGGAAAAAGUAAAAAUAACUCAUAUGAGAUAAGUUGUCACUGGAGGAACAGCUGCCAUGUAAUAAAAACACGCAGAAACUCUAAAACUUGUAAAAUAAAAGAAUAACUGUCAGUUUUACAUGAACUUGUGAAAAACUGGAGCUAAACUGAGUUCUUCAGUGCACAACCUGCUGUUCUGAUGAUUAUUCUCACUAAUGCUGAUGGCUUUCAUACAACAGAUCCUGUUGAACAUCCAGCUGUUUACUGCUGGAGUGCUUUGGAAGCAAAUAAAUUAGUAGCAAAUGUAUUGAAACAUCUGUAUUUCAUCAGGUUAUAUGUCUGAGGUUGUUUUAUUGUUUUCACUGUCACUUUAAUUGUGAUCAUGACAUUACUUUGUCUCACUCAGUAAAACUCUGCACAUUACUUUUGAUGUUUUUCACCGUUGCCAUGGCAACUCCUUCACCACCCAUCAUUACGUUCUGUUUUGUGAAACUGAUGCCACUUUAGUGGAGUCUGUGAGUCACUGUAAGAACCAGUUUGCUGUUUCACUUCCUGUUUUCCUGAUGAGACUAAUAAAAUUCAGCAUGUACUUCCCCA